AUGCCCCCUUUAUUAUCUACUCACAAUUUUUACGUAUCGCCUAGAGAAGUGGUCUACGCUUUCGAGAAGCUAAAAAAAGUCAAAAGGCAACCAAAGACGUGGUCGGACCCAAACAUAAGGAAAUCUGAUGCCCUCUACGAGUUUCACCAAGAACGUGGAUACAAAAUAGAAGAUUGUAUCACCCUGAGACAAGAGGUGGCGAACUUGCUGCAACAAGGGCACCUCAAAGAACUACUCAGUGACAAAGGCAAGAAUACCUUAGCAAGGGGUCGAGAAUGCCCAGGCCCACCAAAGCCCACUUCACCAGCUCGUACCGUCAAUAUGAUUAUUAGUGGCUGCGAUAACACGUCUAUCAACGACAUCAAAUUCACUGCCACCCACAAGCUCAAAACAUCGAUCACCUACGAACGAUAUGAUGGACUCGAAGAAAGUAUCAUUUUUGAUGAGUCAGAUGCCGACAAUUUGACUUUCCCUCAUAAUGAUGCACUUGUAAUUACUUUACAAAUUUUAGAUAUUGAUGUUAAGAGAAUUAUGGUAGAUGACGGAAGUGGAGCAUGCAUCAUCCAUCCCUGA